AUGAAAGAGUUUAAGGGAGAAAAGAAAUUGAAAGGGGAUUCUAGCAUAGACUGUCUUUAUUGUAAUGGUGCGAAACAUUUUGCAGUUAAUUGUAUGCUUCGAAAGAAAGAGGAAAAGAAGAAUAGAAACAAGGACGAAACAUAUUAUGUUGAAAAACUAGAGGAAGUUCGUGAGAAGGCCAAGGGAUUGUCUCUUGUGGCAAGAAGAGAGAGUGAAGACGAAGAAAGUGGUACUUAUCAGAUCUGGUCAUUCGGGUCUGAUGUUGAGGAGAUGAGGCAUCCUACUCAUGGUGCUAUUUUGCAAGCUUUGAGAAUGAAGAAGAAGAGGAGAUUUCUUAACAAAGCAAAGAAACUUAAUAAUCAAUUGCUUAAGACUCAAAAGUUGCUAGAUACGAAACGUAGCAGGGUAGAGUAUCUAGAGAUACAAUUACGAAAUGUCAAUAAUGAUAGAGAGAAUGUAGACAAAGAUCUGAUUUUAAAAAAAGGUCCAGACGAUAGGUUUGCAUAUGGCGUUGUUAAGAUAGAUGAGUUUUUAAUUGCUAAUGAAUUCGUUAAUAUUGUUAAUGAAAGUCUGACAAAAGAUGAACAAAAGAAGAAAGUAUUGACUGUUCUCAGUUAUCUAUCAUUCAUAUCACAUCUAAGUCAUACUGAUAGUAGUGAUGAUGAGGAGGAUGAAGUUAAAGCUUUGAAUGUUUGUAAGGAAGAAAAGAAAGAAAAAGAAGUUGUUACAAAAGAAGUUGUUAAUUCAAAUCCAAUUGUGAAACUUAAUUCAAAUGAAUUCAAAGUGCUUGUUGCUAAGUUUUCAAAAGAACACAAAGUUUCAAAGAGAAAGGCACGAAAGAGAUGGAAACCAAUCACCAAAUUAACAAGAAAUGAGAAGCCUGAGGUGCAAUCUAGUGAAAAUCCAAAACUAUCGAAAAGUUACAUUUCAAUAUCUUUAGAUAAUGAUGUUGAUUUAGUUGAUAGUAUCAAGGAAAAAGUUCGAACUUGGGCUUUCAGUUCUAAAAUUCACUCUUUUGGUUGCCCACGUCACAUGACUGGGAAGAAGGAGAACUUAAAAGAUUUCCGAAGCCUGAAGAAUGCUGGAGUGGUUAAAUUUGGAAACAAUCAAAAGUGUCAAGCCAAAGGAUAUGGGAAGAUAACGAAUGGUCAAUCUACAGUGAAUCGGGUUGCUUAUGUCAAAGGUCUUCAACACAACUUGAUAAGUGUAUCACAGGUUGUUGUAGGCACUGGGAAUCAAGUACCUUUUAACGAAGAGGGUAGCAUUAUUUCGAAUGUCAACACAAAAGAAGUUUUGCUCAAAUCCAAAAUGAAAGGUGACAUGUUUACAUUGGACAUCAAUUCAGUUGUGGCUUGUGAUGUUGGAAAGCAACAUAAGCAAGGUCAUCCAAUCACGAUUGAUUCGAAUAUUGUCGAACCACUGGAGCUUUUACACAUUGAUUUGCUUAAAUCCGAAGUAGCACAAAUCAUGAUUGAAUUUAUCAAGAAGAUGGAAACGACGCUGAAGAAGACGGUUCGAAAGAUAAAGAGUGAUCAUGGAAUUGAAUUUAAGAACAAUGUUCUUGAUUUGUGCUUUAUUAUGAAUCUUAAGGACAACCUUUCGAAGUUUCAACCAAAAGCUGAUGAAGGGAUUUUCCUUGGAUAUUCGCAUAAUUCAGUCGCCUAUCGUGUGUUGAACAAAAGAACACGAAAAGCGGAAGAAACGUUGAAUCUUAAAUUUGAUGAUUAUUAUAUCAAACAAACUGAAAAGCAUUUUGAAAAUCAUCCUAUUUUAUAG